UUUGGUGUGAUUCACAAAGUUUUUAGUGGAUAAACUGAGUACAGUGACUCCGGUAGCAUGCAUUGCCAAGUGGUGGUAGUUGUGUGGCACUCUUGUGACGCGUGCGAUUUUAUUUUACAACCGGAUGAUGUGGUAACUAACCACCUGACACGGUUGCUAGGGGCCAGCAUUGACAACACGGCGGUUUUGUAGCAUGUUAUGACCCUUUACAAGUUGUCAAAAAUAGAACAAAGUAGGAAUUUAUUACUUAUUGUAAAUAAUUAGUUGGCAUAUUGGGCUGGCUUGAUAUUCAGUUCUAAAACUUGGAAUUUAGUCAUACAGAAAAAAUGUCGAACAUACUUUUAUCCGAGGUAGGCUGGGACGAGGGCUUUGCCAUCCCAGUUGCCAAUGCAGAAAAUAAAGGUUUGGAAGAUGAGCUUCAAAUGAAACAAAAUCAGAAGUUACAACUGGAGAACAAACUUGGUGGAUACAAGGAUAGAAUACAAGCCAUGGCUGAACACCUGACAAAUGUUAGGCAGGAGUUAUCUCAAACUCAGGCUCUGUGCAAAGCCAGGGAGAAAGAGACUGAGUCGGAGAUGCAUUUCAAGGCCCUGGCAGAGAGAGAGGUGGGCCGCCUGCGUCAGGAGAUUGCACAGCUGGACAACGAGCUUGGAGCUCUGAGGGAGAAGAAGAAUGCACAAGAGAACAACAUCUUCAAAGCCACCCAGAAGCUGGAAGAGCUGAAAAGCCAGCUGAAUUGGGACCAGCAGACCCUGGAUGCCUGGCUUGAGGAGUCGGCACACAAGGACGAGGACACCAUGGCCAUCAUCAAGUACGCCCAGCAGGAUGAGAGCAGGAUACGGGAGCUCACUUUGUUGAUAGAGAAGAUGACGCUUGAGGCCAACCAAAAGCACAAGGCACUGGACAACGAACUGACUGAGACCAUAUCAGCACAGAUUGGUCUGGAUAAGACAGCAGAAAACUUCCGCCAGGCUCACCUAGAGAGACAGGAGCUGAUCCACCAGUGGGAGAACACCAUCGAGCAGAUGAAGAAAAGAGAUAGCGAGAUGCAGCAGUGUUCAAUGCUCCUCACCCAAGUCAACCAGGACAUCAGAGAGAGGAAUGGAGUGAUCAAGGAGAAGAAGGCCUUCCUGGAGAGCGAGACGGAGAACAACAAGGAGUACGAGAAGAAGAUAGCCAUGGCCGACCGGCAGGCGGCCAAGCUGAGACGGGAGUUCCAGGAGCAGGAGAGUAACCGCACCAGACUACAGGACGAGUUGGAGAGUCUGAAAGGGACAGUGGACAGAGCAGCUACUGAUGUCGAGUCCAUGAGGUCCCAGCUAGCCAACAUGAAAAAGGACAUCCAGGACAAAAACAACAAGAUAAAGGGGGCCAAGCUUCAUAACACAGCCCUGGAGGAGAAGCUGAAGACAGUGACUGAGACGACCCUCAGCGUGGAGGAGAGGGCCGCUCAGAUGGAGCAAGUACUGAAGGAAGAGGAGCAAACUAUCAAAGACAUGGACGCCCAACUGCACCGCCACCGCGAGGUGCUGUUCCGCGAGAGCCAGGAGGUACAGGCCCUGAGGUUGAAGGAGAAAGACUCCAUGGCCGUGCUCUCUGGGAGCCGGGUGGUUCUCUCCAACCUGGACAGCCGCCUCAGUAAACUGGACCAGAACUCCCUCAAGCAGCAGGAGAUCAUCUACAACCAGGACUUCCAGAUCCAGCUGCUGGAGAGGAAGAUGUUGCGUCUGCGUGGCGAGGUGAACACGGAGGAGAAGCAGGUCCUGGAGAAGAAGGCCCAAAAGCUGGCCAACAGGCUGGAAGAGAAGAAGAGGACGGCCACCAUGCUCACCACCCAACUCAAGAAGCUCCAGGAUGAUAUUCGCUGUGUGAGGAAAGAGGCGGAGAAGACGGGAGCUGAGAAGAGUGACCUAACCACCAAGAUCGAGGAGCUGCACCUGUUCAACCACAUCUCCGACAAGGAACUGAAGAAGCUCCGGCUCAAGAAGCAGGACACCAUGGUGGAGGACAACAUCCUGAAGCUGGAGAUCAAGCGUCUGCGUGACCUGCUGUACAACAAGGCGGACAGCGUGCUCUCGCUGGAGAAACGGCGGCUGCAGCUGCAGACGGCCAUGAGGGAACGGGAGGAGGAGAUUAAAGCGCACCGGGAGAUGCUCAACAAGCAGGUCAAGAUCACUGACCAGGAGCGCCAAGGACUCAGUGCUGAGGUGCAUGAGAGACUGUCCAAGGUCGACAAGAUGAGGAAACGCUAUGAGAUUAUGACUGUCUCAAUGGCUGCUCCCGAGGGAGAAGAGGAAAAAUCACAGGCUUAUUAUGUGAUCAAGGCUGCCCAAGAGAAGGAGGAGCUCCAACGUGAGGGAGACGAUUUGGACGCCAAGAUCCGCAAGAUGGAGAAGGAGAUCCGAGCGCUGGAGAACACUCUCCACGUCGUCAACAGCCGCAACACAACCUAUCGCAAAUCCUUCAACAAAGUGACUGAGUCCAGUGAGGAGUAUCAGGAGAAACUGAAGCUGGAUGAGCAGAAGAGAGCUGCUGAGGAGAAGUACAAGUACAAGAGGAGGCAGAUCCGAGAACUGCAGGAGGACAUUCAGGGCAUGAACAAUACACUCGACAACCUGCUUCAAGAGGAGGCCAUUCAGAAUGUGAGGACUGAAGAGACCCAGUCACAUAUCAUGUCUCUGAACAGAGAACUGGUUUCCCAGCAGGAGAAACUCCACAGGGUCACUAAGCAGUGCUCCAAACUGACCAAAGAGAUCCGGUCGGCCAAGAAGGCCAAGGAGGAGACAUUUGAGGAGAGGGACAUUGAGCUGAGGGAGCUGAAGGACUUCAAUAAGAAUAUCAACAAGAUGCUGCUGGUUGCCAUGGAGGAACAACCUGACCUCAGAUCAGCUCUACACAUGUACUUUGUCCAGGCCAACUUGCCCCUGCCGUCUCCAGCUUCCACCCCUACCAGCCGACAGAGCUCAAAGACUAACUCUGCUCGCAGCUCCGUCUCUCUCAGGUCAGCUGGGUCUUCAGCCAGCAGCAGCCCAAGGGCGGCGUCAGUGCAGUCUCCCCCUGUUAAGACUCUGGAGCUGGGUCUGGGGUUGUCCGUUACGUCCCCUCCUCUCACCUCUCCACGGGACUCCCAUCCACCCAGCUCCACCAGCAGCAGCAGCGGUAGCAAGCGCCAGAGCCCAUAGAGAAACCCCACAAUAGGACAGCCUCACUUACAGCACCAGAAGGCUAAUGUGACUGUAGUGCCAUUAGGAAAGAGAAUGUGUGUCACUGUUCAAUGUGUACUGGUGAGUUGAUUUGAUUUGCAUGUUGUUGAUUUUUUUUUUUUUAAGAACUGGGACAACUGGCAGUGAUAUGAGAAAUACACUUAAAUAAUAUAUGAUUUUCCUUUUCUUUGAAAUGCACAUAUUUUCCAUUUGUCAGCUAACCUUUUAUAGAAUUGUAUUGUAAAAUGUGCAUAAAAAAUAUGUACUUUUUCUAAAUUAAUUUUUACUCCUGGCAAUGUGUUUCUGGAUAUAUCCCAAUAAAAUAGAUGGUUGCUUGUCAGAAUGAUCAAUUAGUUGAUAAUACACUUGUUUUGUUUAACUGCCCAAUGUAGUCAAAAACUUCUUUUUUUUCCUGUGUUAUAUAUAUAUUUCCACACUAUGAGGUUGGAAUAAUACUGUUAAAAUUAUGAUAAUGCCCUUUUAGAGUAAGAGCUGUUUGAAAAGACCACCUGAAAUUUAAGGCUGUUUU